UUCUGCACUGACUUCAGCCUGUCCCUCUCUUCGUCCCCGGGGCAUCCACACCAGGCAUUACCCCCCUCUCGGCUCUGGACCAUGAACAUUUCAGGUUUUUACCCGGAGAUCCCCCAGGCCUCAACCACACACCCUGUUGGAAACACUCAGGACCUGAGAAUGCAGGAGGAACCUUCAAACUCUGGGGAGUUAAAAUCAGACCCUGAUAUUCAUGCAAAGCCAGAGGAGGCCUGUCCUGUGUGUGGAGACCGAGUGUCUGGAUAUCACUAUGGACUCCUGACCUGCGAGAGCUGCAAGGGCUUCUUCAAGCGCUCUGUGCAGAACAACAAGCAUUAUACCUGCGCAGAGAGGCAGAGUUGUCCCAUGGACCCAGCGCAGAGGAAGAGAUGCCCUUACUGCCGAUUUCAAAAAUGCCUGGCUGUGGGCAUGAAGAGAGAGGCUGUGCGAGCAGACCGAAUGAGGGGUGGCCGAAACAAAUUCGGACCUCUUUAUCGAAGGGACAGGCAACUGAAACAGCAAAGAGGAGUAUUUCACCACACAAAUACUAGUCCCUAUAGGGUCAAAAUGGAAGGACCACAAGCACCUCUACAGCCACAUGAGUUCCACCUCCUGCCUGGAUCUUUCACAGCUUCACUUGGCUCUGACCCCUUUCACCAAUCGCACUCACUUCCCCUCAGCCUCAGCCACACAGAUCUCAUGGUCCUGGAUUGCACAUUAAGCAGAGACAGGGCAUUGACCAAUCCAUCACUCCCCUGUGCUGGACUCUACCACACCAGUUUUCACGGUUUCCCUCAGGAGAAAAGAGAUACGGCUUUUAGCUAUGGCGCUUCUACUCUGCGCACCAUUUCUACACCUGUGCUCACUCCCAGCUCCACCCACACCCCGGUAGCAACUCCUGUUUCAGCUCCAGCACUGUCUUCAUCCCUGACCACAACCCAGACCCCUGACCCCACCUCAACCAACACAGGUUUCCUUAGUGAGCUGCUGCAGGGAGAGCCAGAGGAGUCAGAGGUGUGUUCACGAGUGGUGGCCAACCUAAAGAAAGAACAGGCCUGCCGAGGAAAACACGACCGCCUCAACACCUUUAGCAUCAUGUGCAAAAUGGCUGACCAGACCCUGUUCGGACUGGUGGAGUGGGCACGCAACUGUGCUCUGUUUAAAGAACUCAAGGUGGAGGAUCAGAUGGUGCUGCUGCAGAGCUGCUGGAGUGAGCUGCUGGUUCUGGAUCAUUUGUGCCGCCAGGUGGCUUACGGAAGAGACGGUAGUAUCUACCUGGUCACAGGGCAACAGAUUGAGGUGUCCACUGUGCUCUCGCAGGCAGGGGUGAUGCUGAGCAGUCUGGUGUCUAGAGCCCAGGACUUAGUGUCAAAGCUCAGGGCUCUUUAUCUGGACAGACAGGAGUUUGUGUGUCUCAAGUAUCUGGUGCUCUUCAACGCAGAUGUGAAGUCAGUGCAGGACCGCAGGCAGGUGGAGCGCACUCAGGAGCGAGUGAACCGGGCUCUGAUGGAUCACACUCUCCACACACACCCAGGCCAGUCGGAUAAAUUCGGCCAACUCCUGCUCCGGCUGCCUGAAGUGCGCAGCAUCAGUCUACAGGUGGAGGAGUACCUUUACCAGCGCCACCUGCUGGGGGACCUGCCCUGUAACUCCCUCCUGACUGAGAUGCUGCACGCCAAACACACCUGACACAAGCAGGGCUAUUUUGCACUUUAAUCCCCAGCUGUGGUUGUGUGUGUGACUAUCUGCACAGUCAUCAGUGUUCCAGAGCUUUACUGUCUUUAAUAUCAAAAACUGUGUCUGGAACAAAUUAAAACACACACACACUAACUUUGACAUUAUUGUUAAACACUCCUGCAGUCAAAAUAAAGCCCUAAAACCAUCGUAA